AUAUAUCGACCAGAAAUAAACAUGGGAAUCAUCAAUCACUGCGGAGGCCUAUUACUCAUCUCUUUCUUCUUCAUGAUGUCCUUGUUUGGGUUAACGAAUGCAGCAGCGACUUAUAACGUGAUGAAAUAUGGUGCAAAAGCAGACGGCAAAUCAGACUCAACCCAAGCGUUUGUCAAGACAUGGGCAGCAGCAUGUGGCUCUGCUAAGACAGCCACCAUGUACGUCCCCAAAGGAAGGUUCUUGCUAAAAGCUGCGGUGUUCAGAGGCCCUUGCAAGAGUAAAAUGAACGUUCAGAUAUACGGAACCCUGAUCGCCCCUACUGAUUAUUGGGCACUUGGAAACUCCGGCUACUGGAUCUUAUUCAUUAAGGUCAAUAGACUUGCAGUUUUCGGUGGUACAUUGGACGCCAAGGGAGCUGGCUUUUGGGCUUGCAGGAAAUCCGGAAAGAGCUGCCCUGUAGGAGCUAGGUCGAUAACGUUCAAUUGGGCAAACGACGUCGUGAUAAGUGGUUUAGUAUCCAUCAACAGUCAGCUAAGUCAUCUUGUGAUCAACAGCUGCAACAAUGUGCUGGUCAAAAACGUAAAGCUGGUUGCUCCGGAUGAGAGCCCCAACACGGAUGGCAUUCAUGUGCAGACCUCAACUGGUGUUACUAUCACCGGGGCAACAUUGCAAACCGGCGACGACUGUGUAUCAAUUGGUCCCGGGACCAAAAACCUCCACAUGAGUAACAUCAAAUGCGGCCCUGGGCACGGCGUCAGCAUUGGCAGUUUAGGCAAGGAAGGGAACGAACCCGGGGUCCAGAAUGUCACGUUGACCAAUGCAGUUUUAUCCGGAUCGGAUAAUGGAGUUCGAAUAAAGUCAUGGGCUAGGCCCAGCACUGGGUUUGUGACCAACAUUCUCUUCCAGAACAUCAAGAUGAGAAAUGUUAAGAACCCCAUCAUCGUCGAUCAGAACUAUUGCCCAAGUAACCAAGGCUGCCCGAACCAGAGUUCUGGUGUGAAGAUUAGUCAAGUAACAUACAAGAAUAUACAAGGAACUUCGAGAUCGGCGGAGGCAGUAACAUUUGAUUGCAGCUCAAGUAAUCCGUGCAGAGCGAUUAGGUUGCAUGACAUCAAGCUUACAUACAUGAAUAAGAUAGCGACAUCUUCAUGCAACAACAUUGCUGGAACCAGCACCGGAGUACUCAUGCCCCAGAGUUGCCUGAGUACGCGUACGUAGAUGAUUAUAAAUGUACGUAGUUGUUACGAUUAUUAGGAUCAGUGGCGAUGGAUGGGUAUGCACACCAUAUGGAGAU